AUGGAUCGCGCGGUCGUUACGCCAGCCGAAGUCAAGGGAGAAAUGUCCCUGGAAGCCAAGAAGGCGGUUAAGGAACCCUCCUUAGUGCAGCCUAAGGUAAAUGCUGAAGAUGGGCUUGGCCAACAUACUCGUAAAGGUAUUCAUACUCAACCCCUUGCGACUGCACGCCUCAGUGCUCAAUGUCAGUUGCGUCAUUUCAAUCCCAAGUGGCAAGAGACUUCAGGUCCCAAUGGCUUCGAGUGUUCUGUCCAGUUACAGAACAAGGUUAUUCACGGCGACCGUUCCUACCAGACUGCCUAUGAAGCUAAGCAAGCGGUGGCUAAGAAGGCCCUUACUUACGUUCGUCGUCUACCUUGCGAUGACCCGGCACAGAAGCUUGUGAUGCGAAUCAGAAAUGGCGAGAACCGAACAGACAUUUUCCUUAAUGGGAACGUUGUUAUUGAUGGUAACCAAAAAGGACGAGUCCAGAUGAAGAGUGAGCCUUCUGCAAACGCCAGCCAUGCAGGGUCUACUGGCCAGCAUACCUAUGCCACGUAUGCAGAUGCCAAUGCAGCUGCUUGUAACUGGAUUGCAAGUAACUACACCGACCAUAGAGCCCUAGUUCGCCACAUUCAGUCCUUGUUUGGAAGCACAGGACCUAGCCCGGCUGUCAUCUCUGACUCUAAGGCGUCUCAAGCCUUCUUGCAAGGCUUGGCCCUGGGCACGUCUAUGCCCGCCGCUUCAGCGUAUGAUCCAUACCAUAAACCUCGAGGCAGGCCCAUUCCAGCUUCAUCCGGUGAUUCAUACCGUCCUUACGAGGCUCGGGAGCGAUCCCCUGCACCCAGUGUGGCGCGCAACUACCGGGACCGCUCCCCGCUGCGGCACGCACCGUACGAGUUAAACUAG